AUGGUUCCGCAUUUGCUAACUGAAGAGACUCCAAAGAGUUCAAAUGGUACUACUACUAGCGAAGCUAGUUACGGAGGAUCAAGUAUUACAAAGUUGAUCACAGCCAAUCCUUUUGGUUUAACGACUGAUCCAAAUCUGAUUAGAGGAACAACUUAUACUUCAGAUGGUACUCUCAUCAAUCAGACUAUUUACGCCAUAGCCUCAAAAAUCUUUAGCUAUGAAACUAUUGGUGCAGAGAAUUUACUCGACUCGUAUAUUCAGGUUUGGUUGCACAAUCAACAAUCCAAUGCAUUUGGUAUUGUUCCAUUUUACAAUAAGUUUGAAGUUAGAUCAGGUGCUUCUAACGCUAUCUUGGGCUAUUUCAAAAAGAAUGGAACCCAUGGUCAACCAGUAUCCACCAUUUUAGGAGCCAGUGGUAUCGACUACAUGAAAACUUCCUUAUCUGGACAAAAUGCUCCGUUGGCUUUGAAUGUGUCAGCAGUUGAUUUUGUUGACAAUGCUUUGGUGUCGAAUUACGGAAGAGUUUUGAAUGCAGCUAGAGAUUUAGGGUUCCCCGUGUUUACCCCUACUGAAUCCGGAAUCGAGACUCAACAUUUAGCAGUUUUGAAUCACUUUUAUGCUUUUGCAACUGGUAAACCAUCAGUUUUCUUGUUUGAAGGUGUUGAUGCUGCAAAAAGCUUUAAAAAGAUCAAGGAUGUGUUGUCUGUUGAUGAAAUCGGUCAGUUGUAUCAAAAUUUGUUAGACUCUGCUCCAUCAGCCGAUAUUAGUGUUGAUGCUGCUUUCGGGUUGUUGAAUCAGUUUACUGGAAAGAAUUAUUCUCAGUUUGAGUAUUUGGGAGGGCAAAAUGCUAAAACCGUGUUUGUUGCCUAUGGAACUCAUGUCAAUGACCAAUGGAAAAAUCUUGUUGGUGAGGAUAUUGGAUUGAUACAAGUUAGAGUUCCUGUUCCAUUCAACCAGGAUGUGUUUUCACAAGUUGUCCCUCAAUCAACGAAAAAGUUGGUGGUAUUGACUCCUGGCAAUGAUAAAUUGAAAGCAGAUAUCAGUGCUGCUUUAUUUUUGAGUAACAGAUACUACUCGCUUUCAAUUGAGGAGUUCAAAUACCCGUUUGAUUUCAAUUGGACUCCGAUCACUAUUGCAAAGACAAUUUCCAAGUUUGACUCUCAGGUCAAGAUUGAAAGAAUCUUGCCUUCAUAUGACAGUGAACCAAAGGAUCAAAUAAUCACUGCCAAUACAUCACCAGAGGGCAAUUGGUUGUUCUGGAGUAGGGAUGAUCGUAUUGUUGUCGACACUGUUGACAAGUUGGCUCUUUCUUUGUCUUUGGAUGAUACAAAGAAUGUUGCAAUUAGAAACAAAUAUGACAACUCUAAAUCAGGUGGUGUGUUCUUUUCCCAGAUUAGUUCAACCACUGGAUCAUUCAGCACUACCGAUGCAGCCGAUGUUGUUGUUAUAGAAGACUUGUCAUUGUUGAACUCUUAUGAUAUAUUGGCAACUGCCAAACCGGGAGCCACUGUCAUUUACAUCAAUCAAAAACAACUGAUUGAUGUGGAAAAAUUACCCCUUGAAUUUAAAAAGUCAUUAGCUUUAAAUCACAACAAACUUGUUGCUGUCGAUUUUACCGUUGUUGAUGCAUUAGAUGAAACCAACAAUGGUACCAAGGGCUUAACUGCAGAAUUAUUGUUGCAGUUGGCAUUUUGGAGAGUGACCUUACCGGAAUUGGGAGAUUACAUUGUCAACAAGUUGUUGCAGGCUAACGGUGGCUCUUUCGAAUUAUUGGCAACCGUUUUAGAUAACUUUAUAAAGGCAGCCGACUUGAAGAAUGCUAUUGUAUCUCUUGACGUGUUACCUGAGUGGCAAGAUUUGAAAGAGGAAGCUCCUCAAGGAGACGAGAAGAAGGAAGCAGAUACUCCUGCUGAGAAGAAGGGGGAGGAGACAUCUGCCAUUGCUGAUGUUGAUGGCAACAACAACGGGGAAGAAGAAGUCGAUCCUCUUCCAUUUUUUGUGACAGAGACCUCCGUGUUUGCUAACCCACGCGUGCCACUUGAGAAACCAGAGGAGACAAACAACACCUUCCACAAGCACAUUGCCCAAAAGCUCGUGUUCCCAGAAGCAUUCAAGAUUACCAAGGAUUUGAGGCCAGAUUUACCUGUUAAAAACUUUGUUGUCAAGGUUCAAGAAAACAAAAGGUUGACCCCAGCUGAGUAUUCGAGAAACAUUUUCCAUAUUGAGUUCGAUAUUACAGGAACUGGUUUAAAGUAUGAAAUAGGUGAAGCUUUGGGCAUCCACGGUAGAAACAACUCCGAACAAGUUGAAGCUUUUCUCAAAUUUUACAAUGUCGAUGGCGAUUCCUUGGUUGAAAUGACCAACAAAGAAGACCCCGGCUUGGUUGAAGUUAGAUCAGCAAGACAAAUCUUGAGUGAAUCAAUUGACUUUUUGGGUAAACCACCAAAGAGAUUUUACGAGUCCUUAGCCGUAUUUGCAUCUGAGCCUAAGGAGAAGGAGCAUUUGACAAAAUUAGCUAGCGCAGAAGGAGCCGAGGAGUUGAAAAAGAGACAAGAUGUUAACUUUGAUUCGUACUUUGAUAUAUUGGAAGAAUUCAAAUCAGCCCGACCAAAAUUUGCAGACUUGGUUAAUAUCAUUGCUCCAUUGAAGAGAAGAGAAUACUCAAUUGCAUCUUCGCAAAAAAUUCAUCCCAAUGCAGUUCAUUUGUUGAUUGUCGUUGUUGAUUGGGUUGACCCAAAGGGGAGAUUGAGGUAUGGUCAUUGUUCCAAGUAUUUGUCCGAUUUGAAAGUUGGUGAUGAAUUGGUUGUAAGUGUAAAGCCUUCCGUUAUGAAAUUGCCACCAUUGACAACACAACCGAUUGUGAUGUCUGGUUUGGGUACUGGGUUGGCACCAUUCAAAGCUUUUAUUGAAGAAAAAAUCUGGCAACAGCAACAAGGACACGAAAUUGGCGAAAUUUAUCUCUAUAUGGGAUCGAGACACAAGAAGGAAGAAUACCUUUAUGGUGAGCUUUGGGAGGCUUAUAAAGAUGCUGGAUUGUUGACACAUAUCGGUGCUGCAUUCUCCAGAGAUCAACCUCAAAAAAUUUACAUUCAGGAUAAGAUUAGGGAGUCGAUCAAUGAUUUGACCGAUGCGAUUGUCAACAAAAACGGAUCAUUUUAUUUGUGUGGUCCCACAUGGCCAGUACCAGAUAUUACCGCUUGUUUAGAGGACAUUGUUUUGAAUGGUGCUAAACUCAAAGGCGAGGAAAUUAAGGAUGUUGCUAAAGUCGUUGAGGAUAUGAAAGAGGAGGGCAGAUACAUUUUAGAAGUUUAUUAG